GAGCCGGUGCUGCUGCCCGACCGACGCGCUUUGCUCCGUUUUUAAUAUUCGACACGAAAUACCACAAACUUUUAUUUUCCUACUUUAUGCGAGGCUUUAAAAAAAAAUCUCAGGGCGCCGUAUUGCGUCUGGUAACAUUCGUUCUCAAAGAGAGAGAAGAAAACCCCCCCAGGGAGUAUUUUGUAAUAGUUUAAAAAGGAGAUAAAUUUGAGAGGCGCGAGUUUCGUCGCCGAUAAUCGAGGAGGAGGCGGAGGACGACGACCCACGUGGAGGGAGACGGCGAGAGGCAACAACAACUACCACCGCUGCUGCCAGAUUCGACUUGCAGGGGCACAGAGAGAGAGAUAGAGGGGGCAAGGCCGAGUGAUCAGGAGGAGGAGUGGGAGCCAUGGCCACGCUGUACCUGGAGGAUGGCACUGCCCUGCCGGGGAAGCUAUUCGGGGCCUCCAGGAGUGUGGCGGGAGAAGUCGUGUUCCAGACGGGCAUGGUGGGCUACCCGGAGGCACUCACAGACCCCUCCUACUGCUCCCAGAUCCUAGUGCUCACCUAUCCGCACAUCGGCAACUACGGCGUGCCUGCCGAUAGCGACAGCAACUUCGGCCUGAGCAAGUGGUUCGAGUCGUCGCGUAUUCACGCGGCGGCCCUCGUUGUCGGCGAGUAUUCGCGCGAGCACAGCCAUUGGAGCUCCACGCGGUCGCUCCACGACUGGCUCUGCGAGCACAACGUCCCCGCACUCGAAGGCAUCGACACGCGGGCGCUGACCAAGCUGAUCCGUGAGAAGGGGUCGCUGCUGGGGCGCAUCGUGCUGGACGGAGACGACGAAACGUCAGUGCCGCUGCAGGACCCCAAUCUGCGCAACCUGGUUGCCGAGGUGUCCAUAAAGGAGCCGCGACUGCUGAACCCCGGUGGGGACAUUCGCAUCCUGGUCAUCGACUGCGGCCUCAAGUACAACCAGCUGCGGUGCCUGUGUGAUCGCGGUGCCAGCGUGCAGCUUGUGCCAUGGGACUCGUCGCUUUCCUCGGCCGAGUUCGAUGGGCUGUUUGUCAGCAACGGCCCUGGCGACCCGACGCAAUGCACCGCCACGGUGGAGGCGCUCAAGGGCGUGCUGGCGCGCAAAACUGGCGCACCGCCUAUCUUCGGCAUCUGCCUGGGCCACCAGCUGCUGGCGCUGGCGGCUGGAGCGACCACUCACAAGAUGAAGUACGGCAACCGCGGCCACAACCAGCCGUGCCUGCAUGAGGCUUCGGGCCGCUGCUUCAUCACGUCGCAGAAUCACGGCUUCGCGGUGGACGUCGCGUCGCUGCCGCCCGGGUGGACGCCUUUAUUUACCAACGCCAACGACGCCUCCAACGAAGGCAUCGUGCACGACUCGCUGCCAUUUUUCAGCGUGCAGUUCCACCCGGAGCACAUGGCAGGGCCUCAAGACCUCGAAGACCUCUUUGACGUCUUUCUGCAGGCUGCACGUGACCACAAGGCUGGCAUGGACCUGCAGGUCACGCCCAUCAAGCAGCGGCUAACGAAGCACCUGACGUGGAGUGGGACCCCCACGGGGUGCGGGGUUCAGGGUGGCCGCCCGGUCAAGGUGCUGGUGCUUGGGUCGGGAGGCCUCUCCAUCGGCCAGGCCGGGGAGUUCGACUACUCCGGCUCACAGGCCAUCAAGGCCCUGAAGGAGGAGAACAUUCAAACAGUUCUCAUCAACCCCAACAUCGCCACCGUGCAGACGUCGAUGGGUCUCGCCGACAAGGUUUACUUCCUGCCCAUCACGCCCGAGUACGUCACGCAGGUGAUCCAGAACGAGCGACCGGACGGCAUCCUGCUGAGCUUCGGGGGUCAGACGGCGCUCAACUGCGGCAUGGAGCUGUCAAAGCUGGGCGUACUGGAGCGCUAUGGCGUGCGCGUCCUCGGCACGCCUGUCGCCUCCAUCGAGAUGACCGAGGACCGCAAGGGCUUCGUCGAGAAGAUGGAGGAGAUCGGAGAGCACGUGGCGCCCAGCGUGGCCGCCUGCUCGAUUGAGCAGGCGCUUGCGGCGGCCAACAAGCUGGGCUACCCGGUGCUCGUGCGCGCCGCCUUCGCGCUUGGCGGCCUGGGCUCGGGAUUCGCCGACGGGCCCGAGGAGCUGUCGGCGCUGGUGACGCAGGCGUUCGCGCACACCACGCAGGUGCUGGUGGACAAGUCUCUCAAGGGCUGGAAGGAGGUGGAGUAUGAGGUCGUUCGCGACGCCUACAACAACUGCAUCACGGUGUGCAACAUGGAGAACGUGGACCCCCUGGGCAUCCACACGGGCGAGUCCAUCGUCGUCGCCCCAAGCCAGACGCUCAACAACCGCGAGUACAACAUGCUGCGCACCACCGCCAUCAAGGUCAUCCGCCACCUGGGCGUCGUGGGGGAGUGCAACAUUCAGUACGCGCUCAACCCUGAGUCCGAGCAGUACUACAUCAUCGAGGUGAACGCUCGUCUGUCCAGGAGCUCCGCACUCGCCAGCAAGGCCACGGGAUACCCGCUGGCGUACGUGGCGGCCAAGUUGGCGCUUGGCAUCCCCUUGCCUACGCUCAGGAACUCUGUGACCGGCUCGACUACGGCGAACUUUGAGCCGAGUCUGGACUACGUGGUGGUGAAAGUCCCGCGCUGGGACCUGAGCAAGUUCCUGCGUGUGAGCACCAAGAUCGGAUCCUCCAUGAAGAGUGUCGGGGAGGUGAUGGCCGUGGGCCGAUGCUUCGAGGAGGCGUUCCAGAAGGCGCUGCGCAUGGUCAACGAGAACUGCUGCGGCUUCGACCACACGCUCAAACCUGCCUCCGACGAGGAGCUGGAGACGCCCACGGAUAAGCGUAUCUUCGUGCUGGCGGCGGCCCUGCGUGCCGGCUACUCGGUGGAGCGACUGUACGAGCUGACGCGCAUCGACAGCUGGUUCCUGCACCGCAUGCGCGGAAUCACGGUGCUCGGGCAAGCGCUCGAGGCCUACCAGGAGGGCCCGCUGCCACGCAGCCUGCUGCUGCGUGCCAAACAGCUCGGAUUCUCAGACCGGCAGAUCGCCGGCGCCAUCAUGAGCACGGAGCUGGCGGUGCGGCAGCUGCGGAAGGAGCUGCAGGUUUUGCCGUGGGUGAAGCGCGUGGACACGGUGGCGGGGGAGUGGCCGGCGCAGACCAACUACCUGUACCUGACGUACGGUGGCAUCGAGCACGACAUUUCCUUCCCCGCCGACCACGUGCUCGUGCUCGGCUCCGGCGUCUACCGCAUCGGCAGCAGCGUGGAGUUCGACUGGUGCGCCGUGGGCUGCAUCACCGAGUUGCGCAAGCUCGGCUACAAAACCAUCAUGGUGAACUGCAACCCAGAGACUGUGAGCACGGACUAUGAUAUGUGCGACCGACUCUACUUCGAAGAGAUCUCCUUUGAAACCGUGAUGGACAUCUACGAGCUGGAGAACCCGGAGGGCGUGAUCCUGUGCAUGGGCGGGCAGCUGCCCAACAACAUCGCGAUGGCGCUGCACCGGCAGAAGUGCCGCAUCCUGGGCACUUCGCCUGAGUUCAUCGACGGCGCCGAGAACCGAUUCAAGUUCUCACGAAUGCUCGACUCCAUCGGCAUCAGCCAGCCGCUCUGGAAGGAGCUGUCCGACCUGAAGUCCGCCAAGGAGUUUUGCGCCAACGUGGGCUACCCGUGCCUUGUGCGCCCGUCCUACGUGCUGAGCGGCGCUGCCAUGAACGUGGCGCUCUCCGCCAACGACCUGGAGGCGUUCCUGAACAGCGCCGUCGCCGUGUCAAAGGAGUACCCCGUCGUCAUCUCGAAGUUCAUCCUGGAGGCCAAGGAAAUGGACGUGGACGCGGUGGCGUGCGACGGCGAGGUGGUGGCCAUGGCCGUGUCGGAGCACGUGGAGAACGCCGGCGUCCACUCGGGCGACGCAACCCUCGUAUCGCCCGCCCAGGACAUCAACCGCCAGACCAUGCAGCGCAUCCAGGCCAUCGUGGUGGCCAUCGGCCGCGAGCUGCAGGUCACGGGCCCCUUCAACCUGCAGCUCAUCGCCAAGGACAAUCUGCUCAAGGUGAUCGAGUGCAACGUGCGCGUGUCGCGCUCCUUCCCGUUCGUCUCAAAGACGCUCGGCGUGGACCUGGUUGCCAUGGCGACACGGGUGAUAAUGGGCGAGAAGGUGGAACCCGUGGAGCUGACGGGCACCGGCAUCGUCGGAGUCAAGGUGCCGCAGUUCUCAUUUUCGCGGCUGGCGGGUGCCGACGUCAUGCUGGGCGUGGAGAUGACAAGCACGGGUGAGGUGGCCUGCUUCGGGGAGAACCGCUACGAGGCCUACCUCAAAGCCAUGCUGAGCACCGGCUUCCGCAUCCCCAAGGAGAAUAUCUUGCUCUCAAUCGGCAGCUACAAGAACAAAAGCGAGCUGCUCCCCACGGUGCGCACCCUGGAGAAACUCGGGUUCCAGUUGUACGCCAGCCUGGGCACCGCCGACUUCUACACGGAGCAUGGCAUCAAGGUGCGCGCCGUGGACUGGCACUUUGAGGACGCAGAGGGUGGCGAUUGCGGGGAGAAGCAGCGUUCGAUCCUAGACUACCUGGCCGAGAAUCACUUCCACCUCGUCAUCAACCUCCCCAUGCGCAACGCCGGCGGGCGUCGCCUCUCGUCGUUCGUGACGCGCGGGUACCGCACGCGCCGCAUGGCCGUGGACUACUCCGUGCCGCUCAUCACCGACAUCAAGUGCACCAAGCUGUUCGUCGAGGCGCUGCGUCUGAUUGGCGGAGCCCCCCGGGUCAAGACGCACGUGGACAGCAUGACCGCACAGAGGAUCGUCAGGCUCCCAGGCCUCAUGGACGUGCACGUGCACCUGCGGGAGCCGGGCGGCGAGCAUAAGGAGGACUUCUGCUCGGGCACGGCGGCGGCGCUGGCCGGUGGCGUGACGCUCGUGUGCGCCAUGCCCAACACGAACCCCGCGGUCACCGACCUCGACUCACUCGCCGUCGUGCAGAAGGCGGCUCGCGCCGGCGCUCGCUGCGACUAUGCGCUGUUCGCCGGCGCCUCUGUGGAGAACGCGGCGUCCGUGCGCGAUCUGAGCGGCGCCACCGCCGGCCUUAAGAUGUACCUCAACGAGACGUACUCCGCCCUGCGGCUCGACAACAUGGCGCACUGGAUGCAGCACUUCAAGAGCUGGCCGCGGGACCGCGUGAUCGCGGUGCACGCCGAGAGGCAGACGGUGGCGGCGGUGCUCAUGGUGGCGCAGCUGCACAAGCGUUCGGUGCACGUGUGCCACGUCGCCCGCAAGGAAGAGAUCCUACUCAUCCGCGCCGCCAAGGAGAGUGGGCUGGAUGUCACCUGCGAGGUGGCUCCACACCACCUCUUCCUGUGCCAGGAUGACCUGGAGGUCAUAGGUCAAGGCCGGGGUCAGGUUCGGCCAGAGCUGAGUACGCGAGAAGACAUGGAGGCGCUGUGGGAGAACAUGGACAUCAUCGACUGCUUCGCUACGGACCACGCUCCGCACGCGGUGCAGGAGAAGGACUGCGCGUCGCCGCCCCCAGGCUUCCCGGGCCUCGAGACGAUGCUGCCGCUGCUGCUCACGGCCGUGGGCGAGGGGCGACUCACGAUCGACGACCUCGUGGCCCGUCUCCAUGACAACCCCCGCCGCAUCUUCAACCUGCCCAAGCAGGAGGACACCUACGUGGAGGUGGACAUGGACCAGGAGUGGGUGAUCCCUGAGCACAUGCGCUUCACCAAGUCGCGCUGGACUCCGUUCGCGGGGCGCAGGGUGAAGGGGAUGGUGCGACGUGUGGUGCUGCGGGGGGAGGUGGCCUACAUCGACGGGCAGGUGUUGGUGCCGCCAGGGUUUGGGAAGGACGUGCGGGCGGCAUGGCCGUUGGCCCCCUUGGCUGCCUCCGCGGCCGCCGCCACCGUCAUCACCGCGGCCGUUGCCGGUGUCGCAGCUCCCGCCUGUCCCUCUGCCAACGUCGUCCCACCUACCAAGGUGGCUCCCAUGAGCCCCCGUCGUGCCGUGAGGAUGCAGUUACCCCCCCGCGUCCACCGCUCAUCCGAUCCAGGCUCCCUCCUUCCUGUUGACGGCGACACCAAGGAGCGGAGCGUCACGAAACCCAGUGAGCAGGAGCUGCCCAAAAUUGAGCACAUCCUCUUCCUAGACGGUGGAGCGGCCCCGGUGCCGACGACCUCCACGCUGCCUCGCCUCGCCCUGUCCCCGCAGCACCCGUCGCUGGCCGCCGCAGGGCCUCCCUCUUCCGUGUCCCCGCACCAGGCGGCCACGGCGGCCACGCACGGCCUCACGGGCCAGCACAUCCUCUCCGUGCGGCAGUUCUCCAAGGAUCAGCUGUCGCAUAUGAUGAACGUCGCUCACCACAUGCGCAUGAUGGUUCAGAAGGACCGCAGCCUCGACUCCGUGCUCAAGGGCAAGGUGAUGGCGUGCAUGUUCUACGAGGCGAGCACGCGCACCAGCAGCUCGUUCACGGCCGCCAUGCAGCGCCUGGGCGGCAGCGUCAUCACCUUCUCCGAGGCCACCUCGUCCGCGCAGAAGGGCGAGUCGCUCGCCGACUCCGUCACCACCAUGUCCUGCUACGCCGACGUGCUCGUACUGCGCCACCCAGCUCCCGGUGCCGUUGAGAUGGCGGCCAAGAACAGCCGGCACCCGGUCAUCAAUGCGGGCGACGGCGUUGGGGAGCACCCGACGCAGGCGCUGCUCGACAUCUUCACCAUCCGCGAGGAGCUGGGCACCAUCAACGGCAUGACUAUCACCAUGGUGGGAGACCUGAAGCAUGGGCGCACGGUUCACUCGCUGGCGAAGCUGCUCGCGCUCUACCGCGUCACGCUGCAGUACGUGUCGCCCCCAAGCCUGCGCAUGCCACCCCGCAUCGUGCAGUCGCUCGCCAGCAAGGGCAUCAAGCAGGUGGAGUUGAGCAGCAUUGAGGAGGCCUUGCCCGACACGGACGUGCUCUACAUGACGCGUAUCCAGAAGGAGCGCUUCACCUCGGAGGACGACUACAACAAGUGCUUUGGGCAGUUUGUGCUGACGCCGCACAUCAUGACGCGCGCCAAGGCCAAGAUGGUGGUGAUGCACCCCCUGCCCCGCGUCAACGAGAUCAGCCCGGAGGUGGACUCGGACCCUCGUGCAGCCUACUUCCGCCAGAUGGAGAACGGCAUGUACGUGCGCAUGGCCCUCAUCGCAUGCAUCCUGGCGCGGGUCUAGCACCCGGAGACCCGCAAAUCACCAACAGCACCAGGAGAAGACGG